UGAUAAACGCGACUUAGUUCAUUGGUGUCAAAGCCUGUGCACUGAACUUGUCCUCAAACCAUGAUGAUCGCGCUUCUCUGUUUCGCGUCUCUUGUAGUCUCAACUCUAGGAAGUGACGCACCUUGUCACAAUACAGGGGGCACCUGCCAGGACGACCACCUUCACUGUUCUGGGGGAUACGUGUCCGGUCUCUGUUCCGGGGGGACCCACCGUCGAUGCUGUACCUCACAUUCUUCUACAGGCACAGACAGCGGUAUGUGUUCCAAUGUGAAGAUCUACUCCCGCGCCACUUGGGGAGCUAGACAUCCUAAGAGUGUGACUACCAUGCACACACCGGCUAGCCUCUUCUUUGUCCAUCAUACCGAGGGGAACUUUUGCCAUGACUUCACUUCCUGCGCAGCACAAGCGCGCGGUAUUCAAAACUACCACAUGGAUUCAAGAGGUUGGUCGGACGUUGGGUACAGUUUCCUUGUGGGUGAGGACGGCGCUGUCUAUGAGGGGCGAGGCUGGCAUCACGUGGGAGCCCACACCCAGGGCUACAAUAGCCGGGGAUUCGCCGCGUCCGUCAUGGGAAGUUUCAUGCACAGAAAACCUAACGACGCAGCACUGAACGCCAUCAAGAAUCUGAUCCAAUGCGGAAUUAACCAUGGCUACAUCACGUCCACCUACCAUCUGUACGGUCACCGGGAUGUUGGAAGCACUGACUGUCCCGGGGACGCUUUGUACCACGAGAUCAGGACGUGGCCACAUUAUAGUUUUGUUAAACCGUAAAUCUAGUCAGAAAGUAAAAGAAUGUCCAACAAUGAAA